AUGACCUGCCAUAAGCAGAAAGUCAAGGCACCGAAUGCUUGUGAUUGGCGGAAGCGGCGCCUCCCACCAUCGAUCCAGGCAUCUAGCUCCGGCACCAUCACAUGGAGCCAUGUGUACACCUUCCGAGUGUGGUCUGUAUCAAGCUCCGCAGCUCCUAUGAUAGCGUCUACCAGGGACACUGCUGCAGCAUCUGCUUUACGCAGCAGACAAGCCAACCAUGUAAGGACGCACGGAGAUUAG